CUCGCAGCUGAUCAUCACAUCACGUGACGCUCUCACACACACAUUACGGAAGCGCUGCUUCAGUUCACAGUUUACAAAAACUGUUUGUUAUUCUGUGAUCUACCAACUGGAUCAGGAUUCAUUCGCAAUGAUACUUUUCUGUUGCAGAAGUGAACUUUAAAAUAGUAAAAUGAAGUGUCUUCUGGUGGCCAAUGAGAGCGCAGAGGUUCUGUUCUACUGGACUGACACCGAGUUCGAGCAGCGGGUUCAGGGGCAGUAUGGAGUUUCCCAGGAGGAAGGAGAACGACUGCCUGCAUUUGAGGACAGCAUUAACACUCUCUUCGCACCCAUCAUCAUCUCCUGUAGCACCAUGGUGGACCGGCUCGGGGAAAAUUACACCUCCUUCAGUACAGAAAACAAUCAUAUCUACGUUCUGCAUCAGUUUGAGGAAUGUCUGUACAUUGCUGUGAAUGGAGACGGAGAUGAGACCGAAGAGGAUUUGAAGAGGAAGAUCUUUGUGAUGAAGAAACUCACAGAAAUCAUGUUUGGCAUGGUGACGUUGAGCGGUUCCCUCUUGAGGAAAGAAUUGCGCCCUCAAGAUACAGAGCAACGGAACCGCUUAUGGAAGAAGCUACGAAGCCUCUUGGAAACAUACAGCCGCUUGCGAGAGAAUGACCAAAGCUUUUUAGUAGAGGCGGUGGAAAGGUUGAUCCACCCGACCCUUUGUGAGCAGUGCAUUGAGUUUCUAGAGCGUCGUCUAGUGCAGCAGAUCAACAGCAACAUGGACAGAAUGGGCGAGGAGGUGCUACAUGCUUUCAUACUGGUGCACACCAAACUGCUGGCCUUCUACUCCAGUCGAAAUGCCAGCAAUCUAUACCCCUCUGAUCUCCUGGCUCUGAUCAUCCUGGUGCAGGAUCUUUAUCCCAGCAAAAUCAACCUAGAUGACACUUCUGAGGAGUUAGAAAGCAGUUCAGUUCCUGAGGCAUUCUACACACCUGAGCCCUCUCCUCCUGAACGGGAAUCAGUCCGACAAAGAGGUGACAGUCCUCCUGUCUUCCAGUUUGUUGAUCCUGACGUUCAGAUGGCAGAGGACAGUCUGCAAACUCUUGAAGCUCCAAUCCCUGACCCUUCAGCCCCAUAUAGGGUAUUCCUGGAAGCCAAAGAGUGUCCCAUGCCUCACUCCAUGUAUUGCCUACCUCUCUGGCCGGGAAUAACUCUAGUGCUGCUUACCAAGAUUCCCAACAGUCAUGUGGCAACAUCUGUAUGCUACUUCCUGGAAGCUUUCGUGAAGUUAGAGAAGAGGUUAUGUGAGGGCCAUGAAGGGGCUGCGGCCAUGCGGGGUCAGCCCUCUGUCCAGGAGCAGCGGAGCAGACUGGAAAAGUUAAUCAAAACCUGGGCCAGCAUGGACAUUCAGACCUCCCAACUUCAAAAUGCGUGGACAGACUUUAAGAACAAGGCGUUCAGCAGAUCAGGAUCUGGAUUCACAAGAGAUUUGCUGCCCUCUUGUCGAAACAUGAAGACUCAGUUGUGUGGAGUGUACAGGCAGUUUUUUGCAGCUGAGUGCAUGGGCAGUCAGCGAUUGGCUCCUCAUCUUCAAGAACGAGCUCUGAGCAUGGUCCAAGAGAAGUUAAUGGACUGGAAGGAUUUUCUGCUGGUGAAAAGCAAAAGAAAUAUCACAAUGGUGUCAUAUUUGGAAGAGUUUCCAGGUCUCAUCCACUUUAUCUAUGUGGAUCGUUCAAAUGGUCAGAUGAUUGCACCCUCCCUAAAUGUGACCGAUCGCACCGUCUCCGAGCUCGGAAAGGGGCCUCUAGCUGACUUCGUAAAGAACAAGGUUUGGAGUCUUGUUGCAACAGCACAGCGGUAUCUGCAAAAGGGUUACACCACCGUGACGCUCCGGGAUGGGGAUUAUUUCUACUGUUACUUCCUGUGGUUUGAAAAUGAAACGGGUUACAAACUGGAAGUGAUAGACAUACCCAGCUCCCCAGAUGAUGGCGCUCCAGUAGGAAUGCUCACCUGUGAUUAUUACAGGAAGCUGCUGCGGUAUUACAGCAAAAAACAUCAGAAUGAGGUGGUGAAGUGUUAUGAACUGUUUACUGUGCAUCUGGGUGUGAUUCCCAAUGAAUAUAUUCUUCAGCACUGCAGUCAGCUGGCCCGUAAACUGUGGGAGCCCACCCGUAUCCCACUCCUGUGACCCACACGGCCCUCAAAAGACUAUGGUCCAUGCAGCCGUGUUCACUUUAUUCAUGAUCUGUAACCUACGUGGAGAGUUUUCUAAACUUUCUGCACAAGCACUUCCUUUUUUAAAGUAAUUGCAGAAAAUAUUGUGUCAGUAAACCAAACACUGCCCUUCUUGUACUUGCAAUGAAACUGAGUGUAAUGUGCAAGUGAACGUUCUUAAGGUGCUUAUAAUGCAGAAAUAUGUCUGCUAUUAACAGUUUAUUUUUGUAAAACCAGGACCAAAUAAUAAAAGACAGCACUCCUUUUAAAAAUGUAAUUACCUUUUAAAAAUGUUAUUUCCCAGAUUUGAUCAGGUAUCUGGCUUAGCAAUGUUAGUUAGCAGAUUUACAAAACUGAAUUUGAAAAAAUUAUCUAAAGGACAGUCUUAAUAAAUAAGUAAUAAGUAAUAAAAAGUAUAAUAAAUAAAAUUAAAGCUGAAAUGUACAAUUUAAGUCUUAAGCAUUCUUAAAG